AAUAAAGUAUUAUGCGUCUUCCUACGUUACGUUCACACAUUUGUUAAAAUAUGUAAAGAAAAUCAUUUAAGGUAUAUUAAGAAAUUGGUCAGAAUUCUAUAAAACAAUUAAAAAUGAUUGAACGUCUGAGCUUACAUCCUGCCUGUGCUGUAACAGUGGAAAGCAAAGGUGAAAAUGGAACGGAACCAAUUCUUUUUACAUUUAGUGGAACAUUGCUUCAACAAGGCAACAUGAACUAUGUGUUAACCCAUUUCUCAUCUUUGGUGCAGUUUAUGGCAUGUGAAGAUAUAAAAUCACUGCCUGAGCAAAAUCAUUGGGUUCCAUGUAACAUUGAUGAUUACAAUGUGUUUAUACAGUGUAAAACAGAAGCAGCAUCUUCACCAUUGUGGAAAUUGCAAACUAAACCUUUAUUUGCUUGGAAUGCUUCUAAGUUUGAAGCAGUACUGGAUAGGGUACUAGCUAGUGCUAAUGUCCCUUAUGCUGGAAAGGAUGAGAUAACUUGCUGCACUGUACAUAAAGACAAAGACCUUUCUUUCCUGGUUUUUAUUAUUAGAAGUGAAACAUCCAAAUUUGAUUGCCCAGCCUAAAUAUAGGCUUGGGAGAAGUCUUAGAAGCUUUUAUCAAGGCAUGGAGGUGACAACAACUAGUUUCCCAUUCGGUGCUGAGACCCUGGGCACUUUUGGAGGCUGUGUGAGUACAGGUAUCAUCUGUAAUGUGGUGGAGGAUCAAUUGAUGAUCAUUGAUGCGAGGGUGCUCCCAGGAUCUGAAGGAGGAGCUGUGAUCAGUGUAAACCAAGAUGUUGUUGGGAUUAUAGUUU